GCUGACCCACGAGUUUUGACUCCUAUUGGUGGAAGAAAAUAUUUUUACAACUCUCGCUCGGUUUCAACCAUCACUCUUGUCUACAGUUCUUCACUUAUCGUCAGUCAUCUUUCAGCGAUUUGCAUUUGGAGGUGAAUAGUUUUGUGUUCUCAACAACGUUUAAUUGCGUGUGGAAGGGAAAUAUAUAUGGCCAAUCCUGGCAAAGGAGGAAGAGGAACCAAAAAAUCGGCUGCAGUCGCCAAGAGGGAAAAGAAAACAAUCGCGAAGCCGAAAGCAUCACCAAAGAAAACAACGAGAACAAGGAUGUACAGCGCUGUAGUUGCAAAUAGACCUCAACAGCCGGUUAAUCAACCAGCGCAACAAAAUUUACUGCAACAAGGUCUACCGCCACCGGAACAGCAAGAAUAAUUGAUGCAACAAAAUCUGCUGCAACAGGGUCAGAUCCAGCAGGUUCCGCCACAGCAGGAUUCACGAAUCCAACCUAGGCAAAUGUUGCAACCAAAUCAGCUUCAACAAGGCCGAAAUCAACACUUUCCGCCGCUGCCAGAUUCACAAAUCGAUCCUACUCAACUGUUGCAAUCCAAUCAAUUGCAACAGGGCCAGAUUCAACACGUUCCACAACCGCAGGAUUCACGAAUCCAGUCAAGCCAACUGUUGCAACCGAGUCAGCUGCAACAGGGGCAGAUUCAUCAGGUUCCGCCACCGCAGGAUUCACGAAUCCAGUCAAGCCAUCUGUUGGAACUGAAUCAGCUGCAGCAACACCAAAUUUUGCAGGUUUCCCCAUCGCAAGAUUUACAAAUCCAGCCUAGACAUCAAUCUCAAUCGUACCAGGACCAAAUCCAACAUGUUCCGCCACCACAGGUUUCACAAAUUCACCUUGGCCAAAUGUUACAACCGAAUUCGCUGCAGCAGGUUUCACCGGUGCAACAGAAUCAAGUGCUGCAUCAGAAUUCAACAAUGAUGCAGAGUCAAUUGCCGCAACAAAAUAUGCUGCAAAUGCAAUAUUAUUAUCAAGAAUCGCAUCAAAACCUUUCAAAUCCACAGAAAUCAUCAAAACAGCCAUAACUGCAAGAGAAGUCUCAGCAGUCAGAAAACGAUUCUGAAAUUGAGAAAUUGAGGGCUGUCAUUGAAAAAGAACGCAAAGAAAGAUGGGGCUUAGAAGACAGGGUGACAAUCCAUUAUAUUUCGACUGAAGUCGUCGUUGACUAAUUUUUAAAAAUUAUAAUACUUUGCAGGAAUGAUUUUGAAGUUAUCAAGAUCACGAAAUGAAAAGAAUUUUAUUAAAAUUUUAAUUAUUUAUUGCAAAAUAUGAAUUUAAAGUUUAUGAGAUGCUGAAAACUGUCAAUUUUUUAGCCA